UCUCACAUAAAACCCCAAGAAGGCAAUCGCUGGGUCACAUGGUAGUUUCAUGCUCAAUUUAUUAAGAAACGCCGUACUUUUUCAGAGUGGCUGCCAUUUUACAUUCUCACCAGCAGUGUAUGAGUAAUCCAGUUCUUUCACAUAGUUGCCAGUAUUUUGCAUGGUCACUCUUUUAUAUUGUAGCUAUUCAACGGGUGUGUAGUAAUCUCUCAUUUGGUUUUCAUUUGCAUUUUCCUAAUGGCUAAUGAUAUUAAUAAUCAUCUCAUGUGCUUAUUGCCAUCUGUAUAUCCUUUUCAGUGGAACAUCUCUUCAUGUCUUUUGUCCAUUUUCUAAUUACACUGUCUAUUUUUUACUUUGAGUCUGAGAGUUCUUAAUAUUUUAUAGAAUUACUCCUUUGUUAAAUAUGUGGUAGGCAAAUAUUUUCUCUUGGUCUGUAGUUUGUCUUUUCAUACUCUUAAAAGGAUCUUUCACAUAGCAAAUGGUUUUGAUUUUGAUGAAGUCUAGUUUAUUACUUUUUCUUUUUAUGGACCAUCUCUCUCCUGGAUUAUUCCAAUAGGCUCACUGUUCUGAGUCUGCCUUUGCCUCCCAAUAUUUUAUUCUUAAUGGGGCAAUCAGAGUGAUCUUUUAAAAUGUAAUUUCUCACUCAAAACUUUCCAAGGUUCCCCUGUCACUGAGACUAAAAGACAAAGUCUUGACAAGGGUUUUAUGUAAGGCCCUGUAUGAUCGGGUCCUUCAUUAUCCCUCUGACCUUGUCACUUACCACCCUCUCUCUCUCUCCCUUGGCUCUGGCCACACUGGCUUCCUCUGUGAUAUUCGCACAGGACAAGCCACCCCUGAUCCAGGCCUCCAGUCUUUUGUUUGCCUGGAAAAUAUAACCUUGGCUCUGAGGUCCCUCAUUGCCCUCGGGUCUUACUGAAACAGGGCCUUUCUAGUGAAAACUUCCAUGACCUCCCAUUUAACAUAGAAAUGCCUCCAUUUCCUAUAGUCCCACAUUCAGUUUCUUAUUUUAUUUUUCAUGGUACUUGUCAAUAUCUAACCUAACUUUACUUAUUUUAAAAAAUUAUCUUCUUUUCUCAAAUCUUAAGGUCCUUGAGGGAAAAUCUUUUUAUCUGUUUUGUUCAUAAGUGUUUGACCACAGAGUCUAGAGAGCCUGGCACCCAGUGGGGACUUAACAAAUAUUUAUAGAAUGAAAAAUGAAUGAAGAAAUAAAGGAAUGACCAAAGUGGAUCCCAACCCGGCUGUGCCUUGCUGUGAUAAAGCUCACUGUCCCAGCUUGCAAACCUGAGCUGGUGCUGGUGGAAUCCACCUUCCUUUCCCAAAGAGAGGUCAGUUCUUUCAGAAAUACAGGGUCUAAGAAAGACAUCUUAAGAAUCAUCCUCUUUGGAAUGAUGGAAUUAAAACUGCUAAUGAAAUCUCCACUCUUAAUGAAGUAACUGAUCAUCAGUGGUUGUUAAUGCUAUUUAUUGAAAGGCAGAUGGGGAACAUCAUAAUGGAUGUUCAGUGCUGACAGCACCUGAAUCCAAUGACUUGUCUUAACAUCCUUAAAAAUGUGACAAGUUUAUGUGCUUCCUGUUGUGAUAUAUAGGAAGGUACAAUAGCACUGCUGAUAAAAUAAUUUUGCAAUAAACCAAAACUGAAUCUAAAGAUAAUCAAUUAUCUGGAUCUAACUACCUGUUUCCUAGGAAAUACAGGUAGAGAGGAAUAUCUUAAAUGACAUCAGAAGAAUAUAAUCGACUAACUCUAAACUGUGGAGAACUCUUUAGGAUAAAUGGAAAGAAGGUGGUGCCUAAUUUCAGAAAUCCUGCUUUGUCAUAUAUGCUGUCUUCUCUAUGGAGCCCAGGAUUUUAGAAAUAAAAGGCAAGGUGACCAGCUGCUGCUGUCCACCCUGCCAUGCCUGUCCUCUGGCCAGUGGGCACCACGUCUGCUACCCACUUCAGCAGAGGGAAAGGCUGAAAUAAAGGAAGAAACAAAAAUUGAACAGGAACAGAUUCACAUCUCAAAAUAUCCUGCCACGUUUGAAAGAUGUGAGUUGAAUUCAUGGGAGAGGGUUCCCUGGGAAACAAGACUUGUUCUCACAGAUGAGGCCUGGGCCCUCGUAGACACUGUGUAGGACCGGUCCUCAGAAUGCUCUGAUGUCACCACUGAGGUGACGGAACCCUGCUGGGGCCUGGUGACCUUUGAACCCUAACAGCCCUGCCCUGUAGUGAGAAGUGCUCCUGGUUCUUCAGCCACUUGGAGAUGCGACUAUUUUUACCUUUGUAUCCAGUCAUUUCAACGGACCUCCUGCGAGCCAAGAAGGGCCAACCCGGAGGGAGCAGGCAGCAGCUGCUAUGCUGCAACCAUGAAACGGCAACAGAGGAGGAAACAUCUGGAAAACAAAGAGUCCCAGGAAACCAGCAAGAAGGAAGGGGGAAUCCGGAGAGUACAUCGAGGCAGUCCCCAGCCUCUAGCACACCCAGCUGAGGUUCAGGAACGAGGGGAGACCGACCCCCCCUCACAACACAUCUCCCUCUUGUCCCCUUUGUCCUAUAAGACGUGUGUGUCCUCUCUGUGUCUAAACAAAGAGGAAAGGGGCAUGAAAAUCUACUACAUGCGGGUACAAGUGAAAAAGGAGGUGGCUGUCUGCUGGGAGACAGAGGAAGCCUCAGACUCACUAGACAAGCAGCCAGAGGCGACCCUUCCUGACAUUGUGUGGGUAGGUACUCCUCCCUCUGAUGUGUCCACCAGAAGCCUCCUGUCUGACAGCAAGCCCAGUGAGGACGAGGAAGACCAUGAAGAAAGGGAAGACUCAGAUAACCCACCAGGGUCCUCUGACAUUGAGGAGGGACCCAGCAAGAGCCCUGACUGGCUGGUGACCAUGGACACCGGCUUCCGGUGCCUGGCCUGCUGCCGCGUCUUCUCCACCUUGGGGAGCCUCCAGGAGCAGGUGCAGUACGGGGUCAGGAAGCACUUCAGCUGCCGUGCCUUCCACCUCACCAUGGCUCAGCUGACAGGCAGUGUGAUGGCACAGGGUGCCCAGGAGGAGGCGGAGGAGGAAGACAAGCAACAAGAAGAGAAUGAGGAGGAGCACUCCACACACAAAGACCUCAGCACGAGAGGGGCCUUGAGCCAGUGUCCAGGCUGUGUGUUUAAUUCUCCAAAUGACAGGAAGUAAGCAGGGGCUGGGGCCACUCAGGGAGCUGUGCCUUCUCCAAGCCAGCACUGUCCCUUCCAUCCAGGUUCCUGCCCCCGUCGGGGAGAGGUGGGGGCUUUGUCCACUCAGGGAACAACUGCAGUGGGGAUACCCAGGCCUGUGCUUCUUGCCUGGGCAUUUCAUAAAGUCAUGGCUUGUAGGGGAAUUUAUCCUGAGGUUUCCAGUGUCCCCAGGAAGUUCUGAAAAUUUCCAAUGGCUACCAGAGGACCUUUCCUCUUUACCUAAAAAGUGUCUUUCUCACUAAGAAGUGAGUCUCCACACAGCAACUGAGAUUCAAACCAGAAGCUCCUGGAAAGUGGUGUGGCCUCCUCUCAGGAGAAGUAAGGCCUGAUGUUGGCAGUCUUCUGCCUACAUCACGAGGGCCCAGAGUCGUCUCAGGGAAGGGCCUAUAGGGCUGUCCUGGGUUAUUUCAGGCUCUGCAGCUGUGUCAGCUUGUGGCAUCACCAGUGCUUCCUGGGGAUCAACCUCCCUUUGCUUCCAGGGAGUGUGGGGGGUUUUGACAGUUUUCUUAGUGUCUCCACGACCUCAACUCAAGAGGAAAUUCUCCUGGCAGCUCUUGUAGGCAGAGCGCCACACAACCUCAAGAGCCAGCAGUGGUCAGAAGAGAGGACAGGGGGCCCAGCAGGACCAGAGGUUUGAGGUCUCAGAGCCUUCAGCCUGAGCUGGGAUCUCAUCCUGACCGUGGACAUAGCCCUCAGGCAAAAGGGUAAAGUGGUGAGGGAGACACGUGGAAAUGAGGUCCCAAGAGGUCUGGACAUGUUUCGGAACCUUCUUUUUGCUGUAGCUGAUCUGGAAACAAGCUCACUGUGAUGUGCAUGGCUCUGAGCUUUAAGACAAAGGUGAAGGGUGACUCUAACUAGCAGAGUUGUAUCCUUCUGGUCUCUCUCUUUUCUGCCUGAUCUGUUUUGUCACUUCCAGAGAGAAGAAAGGACCACAGGGACAGUGGCAGACAGAAAUGCUAGUGGCAGGAAAGAGUAAGGAAGGCCCAGCAUUCAGUCCAACAUCACAUGACAAUAUAAACAUGUGCAAUAAAUGCUGUUUUCCAAAUCUUUCCUGGAAUGUUCUUUAAUCAAAUUUUACCA